CUCCACCAUGUCGCUCUCUCUCCUGCUGCUGCUGCUGCUGCUCGCCACGGCCCGGACUUCUCGACUCCACGGGGCGGUGUUGACUUACUACCCAAUAAACGACACCGCGGACGGAUACACCGCGAUGGUCCUCCGCUACAAGCUGACCUACAACCCUUGCUCCGAAAGGGACGUGUGGGUCUGCUUAAGCGAGGAUUGUGGAUAUCUGAGUUCUUAUGCGCUGAACCCCGUGGACCAGAACAGCAGCGCAGCGUGGUGCCAGAGAGAGGGGAUCCAGAUCCGGUGGUUUCUGAGCAACAAUCCGUUCAUGAUCGAAUCCUUUGGUGGUCAUUGGAGAAGUACCAAAAAUGCCGUCAGUUAUAUGACAAUGUUGACCUCGGUCGAGCUGAGGAAGCGGUCGGACACGGGUCGAGUUAACUCGUCCCCGCAGACCAACAUCCUGCCAGAACUGAGCGUUCCUUCAAACUGUCAGAGAGAUCUUGACCUGUUGACCUUUGACCCCGACGGAGACGAGGUCAGAUGCAGAUAUGGAAAGAGAUCUGCAUUAGAGUGUGUUCAAUGCAUACCGGCCUCCGUUCUCAGCCUCUCCUCAUCCUGUACGCUGUCUUUCAACUCCACCAUUCCCAGUAACGAAGGUACUUACGCGGUCCAGCUGGUGAUGGAGGACGUCACCAGGAAGACCAUCACCUUGACUCAAAACGACGGGGUGGAGACGACCCUCAAAGCCGACUCCCCGAUCGGCCAAUCGGCUGUCGACUUUAGUUUCACAGUGGCUCCUGUGGUGGAGUCCUGCACUGAGGGACUCUAUCUGCCCAAGUUCUUGCCCCCAACCCCGGCAAACAGAGCUCGGCUGUCCACGGCCGUCAAUCGCUCCAUUGAGAUCAGCAUCAAGGCCGAGGCGACUAUCUCCACGAUUUACGAGCUUUUGUUCAGCGGGCCGUACAACACAAUGAAAACCGCAUCAGGAGAGGGACGGUACACCCUGAGAUGGACGCCGUCCGAGGACGAUGGAGACCACCAGCCCAUCUGUUUCGUCGUACAGGCAGUUUUCAAAUCAGUCCAGUUUCAAUCGGAGCUCCGAUGUGUCGUCGUGACGGUUGGAAACACCCAACGAUAAACACGACCCAUUGUCCAACAACUACACCAGCAGCUGCAACUCCUCCACCCUCAACCACACCCACUAAAACCUCUACUCA